AUGCCAACAACGCUGAGAACAAGUAGAAGAAACAACCUCAAACGCCUCAAUUACCUAUGUUUCUCAACUUUCAUACAACCUCAAUCUCCUCCUACAAAAUCUCUUCUCCAACAAAAACAACACCAAACUGAUCCCAACCGUCCAUCACUCUCCACCGCCACAACCACCGCCACGUCAUCAAUCAUGAUUAAAAACUUCAACACUCUCUAUCACCACCACCAUACCACCUCCCCCGAACCAGAACCCCAACCCGCCGACUUCGCCACCGCCUUCGCCUCCAACCGCUUCUUUUUCUCCUCCCCCGGCCGCUCCAACUCCAUCGUCGAAUCCACCUCCUCCUCCUCCUCCUCCUCUUCAUUAAUCACCACCGCUCCAUCCAACAAAAAGAAACCAAUUUUCAACGGAAGCGUCGCCGUGCCAACCUACUCGCCGGAUCCUUACAUGGACUUCCGACGUUCAAUGCAAGAGAUGGUGGAAGCGCGUCCGGAGUUGAUGAACGACGUGAAAUCAAAUUGGGAUACAUUACACGACCUUCUUCUUAGCUAUCUCGCACUCAACCCGAAGAGCACACACAAAUUCAUUCUCGGUGCUUUUUCUGAUCUCAUAGUUACUCUCAUGUCAUUCUCUUCUUCAAACUCUUCAUGUUCAUAUCCUCCACCACCGCAGAUUCCCAACAUUGGCCGUGGCCGUGGCCGUGGCGGUGGUUCUUAG